AUGCAAAAUAAUAAUAUAAGCAGUUUUAAAAAUAUAAAUUAUAGUAAAUCAAUAAUCACUACAUCUACCACUACCACUACCACUACCACUACAGCACCUACAACACCAAACAAAAACACAUUAACAUUAAAUAAAUUUAAAAGAGAUUACAAUAUUAUCACAACACCACAUAAAGAAUUUAAACUAUUAGCAAAACAAAUAAAUGUAUCAACAGAAGGACUAAAAUUAGAUUUAUAUAAGAGAAUAGAAAAUUAUUUAAAGAUACAAAGAAAUAUAAAAAAUGAAGAUAGAAUCAAUAGUAGCAUAAACUCAUUUAAUAAAUAUCCACCUAAAUUAGAAAUUAAUAAAACAACAGAUUCAUUAGAGCUAUUGUUUUGGGGUGUUUUUAGGAGUAAAUCUAUUUUCAAAACAAUUUUUUCAAACUUUAAGUACAACCAGCUUUUCGGAUAUCAAGAUUUAUUUGGUGUUCAAAGAGUCAUUAAUAGAUAUACCAAUUAUGAAGCAAUCAUCAUUGAUAAACUAAAGAGUGGAGGCUAUUUAAUUACUGGCUAUAUCGAUAUAAUAGCAAUAUUUGAAACCAUUAGAGAAGAUACAGCAGAGAAUAGAGAAUUAUACAGAUUACUGUUUAUAGACUAUCCAACCAAAUCUUUUGCGAAACCUCAGUUUAAUGAUUCGGCAACUUGGUUACCAGUAAUAAUUCAAAAAUACAAUAUAGUAGCAUUCAACCAAUAUGUCGGUUUAUUUAAUAUAAAUAAAGAAACUGUUAGACAACUUUUUAAUAAUAUUAAACCAUACAACCACCAAAGCCCCAAUAAAUUCAAUAGCAGCAAUUUAAAUGAUAAAUGUUACAGAAACUAUAGAAGCUACUAUUUUCAUAUCCGAGUACUUAAACACUAUGACCCCGACAACAAUACAAGGAAAAAGUACCAAUUUAAUUCGCUAAAAGGCUUGGAAAUGUACAACCACUUAAAAAAAAACCAAUAUAUACCAAACACAACCAAAUUAUUGCUUUUAAAUAUUUUCAGUAAUGUCAACCUGUAUGAUAAAGAAUUCAAACUAAAGGACCUAAUUUCAUAUUAUAACUCACUUUUAGAAUAUAAUAAAAACAAUACAAUUGUAAUAACACUUGACAGCAAAUAUAAUAGUAUGAUAGCAGAGCUGGCAUCAAUUCAAAACAUCCUUUAUAUAGAACACCUAAACUCAACAGUAGAAAGCAUAGUAGAAUCAGUAACACUAUCGAAUACAAUAAUCAAUAACAACUGUACACUAAAAAAUAUAAUGUAUAAAUAUUUUAAAAUAAUAUAUGCAAUUUAUAAAAAAUAUAAAAUAAUAAAUAAAUCAGAUUUAAAUGGAUACUACAAACCAUUACAAUACUAUUUAUUUUUCAAAGAAAUAAACAAUAAAAUACUUGACCAAUUUUCAAAUGAAAUGCUAAAAUCCUCUAUAGACCAAUACAUUGGAAUUACUCAUAUUCACAAAAAAGAAAAGAUCAAAGAAAUAGUAUCUACACUUAUUAAUGAAAAUAAAGUAUUUAUUGAUAAUGCCAGCAAAAAUAGGACACUUAAAAUCCUACACAGAAAUUACGAGUAUUUAGUCUAUUCUUUUUUAAAAACCAGCGAUACACAGCUAAUGGAUUUAUUAUUAAAAGAAGAAAGAACUCAACAGUUUCUCCACCCUCAUCGCUUCGUAGCCUCAAUUACAGAUCCCAGUAUCUUGGACCAUUAUUUCAACAGCUCCAUUCAUCAGAUUAUAUUCGCUGAAGGAAAUGAUUUAUGGCAGUUUGUCACCAACGAAAAAGUAAUGGACCAAUACGAAACCCUAAUGAAAGCAGCAAACAGAAAAUUCGAUAUUAUGGCACGUUUGCGAAUCGAAAUUUUAAACGAACACAAUAUUCCCAUAAGCAAUAUUUUAAAGUGGUAUGAAAGAGCCUUGUGUAAACCAGAGGUGUACCAAUGCAACCAUUCAAGUUUAAUUGAGGAAAUAAAGAAAAAUCGACUUUUUUUAUAUUGCGUCAAUGAAGGAAAUCAAGAUUCAGUUAUAUCAUUUCUUUCAAAAUAUUUAGAAUACUACCCUAUCAAAUCUUUUGACAUGGAUAUGCUAAAUCAGCAAAGUCACAAAAUAAUGAACUGGCUGCUACAGGAUUUCUCUUGUGAAAAAAACAUUUUUAUAAUCGAGAACAAUCAAAGCUAUGCGCUUAUGUCUGCCUCGACGAAGCCAAUUACCACUACAGGUAACACCUACUAUUUAAACCACAGAACAACAAUCAAAAACGCUGCUAAAUAUUUAUUUUGGGCAGGUCGCAUUGACAUGUCUUUUGAUGUAAUCAAAAUAGACCAACAACUAUCAACCCCGGCCAACUCAUUAAUAUACUAUAUUAAUUUUGAAAGGUGUUUACCAAGUAUUAUAGCAUUCAAGGUUAUUGACUCGAUUCUAGCGGACAACUCUAGCGAAAGUGAAAAGCAUGCAAAACUAAUAUUUGAAAAAAUCAUUUCAAAAUCAACCAAAAAUGGCGAAUUACAUUUAUUAAAAAGAAUAAUUUUAAAAAACAAAAAUAUAUUCAAGAUAAACAACCCCACCUUAUCGCCACCACCCAAAAACAUGUCUCUUUCACUAAAAGAUUUGAGAUGGUACAUCGACACAUCAUUAUCGAAGCAUCAUCAAGAAGUGACCCAUUUCCUAAUGAGUAACAUCAAUCUUUCAAACUCUGAUGUUAAAGAAUUUCAAGAAUUGGAAAUGGCCUAUUUUAACUCUGUAACAAAAAAAUAA